GAUGAUGUCUUGAAAUAUAUGCCGGAAGCGAAGGUUCAAACGCUGAUGUAUUAUUUGGGCAUUGGGGACACUUUCACCCCUUUCCACAAGGAUUUGUGUGGUUCUUCGGGACAGAAUCUCAUGUGCUACACAGAAGAGAGCGGCUCUUCAUUUUGGUUCAUGACCGAGGGCUCAUCGGCUCCUGCAGUUGCAGACUAUCUUCAUAAGCUAGAUCAUGAGCUAGAUCUCGAAAGUCAUGUUCUAACUGUCGAGGAACUGGAGAAGGCUCCCUUUGACGUGUAUAUUGCAGAGCAAAACCUCGGCGACCUGAUACUUGUUCCUUCAAGGAGUUGUCAUCAAGUUGUAAAUCAUGGUGGAGUAACUGUCAAGACGUCCUGGUCUAGAAUGACCGUCGACAAUCUUUCGACUGCUCUUUAUCACGAAUUACCUAUUUACCGACGAGUUUGCCGACCAGAAAUCUACCGAGUUAAGACCAACAUAUAUUACGCAUUACUUCAAUACACCAAAGAAUUGGAGCAUUGUUCAAAAAUCGAAGAAUAUCCUACAAAAUUAGACAUCGCGACGAAGCUUUGGCAGCUACACGAUCUUUUUGACGACAUUAUCACUGAUGAAUAUGCCGAAGAUCAUCCCAGUAUACGACGUAUACCGCAGUCUGAUGUCCAAAUGGAUAGUCAUUUUGCCUGUGAUUUUUGUGGCGCAGAUAUUUUUCAAAGUUUCUUCGAGUGUUCAAGGUGCACAGAUGAUAACGAUAAACCAACAGCUAUCGGUGAUGGUAUUAUUGUUUGCCCCUACUGCUAUGUCGAAGGGCGAACUUGCCGAUGCGGAGCGAUGGAGGCUGUGCAGACUAAACCUUCUGAAGAUUUAAAACGACUACAUAAACGGGCUAAGAUUGCACUUGAAGACUCUGGAAUAGAAAACGGUAGGGAGCAUACUUAUUUAUCCAGCGCACGAAGCGGGAUAAAAUCCCAAGGUCACCUGGGAGUCUUCCAAGCAGCAUGUAAUCUCCAACGAAGGCGACUCAAGAAAAAGGUACGAGAUGGUUCGCUGUGUAGAGUUCCAGGAAGCGUUUUACCUUGCAAGCUUUGCCACAUGGGCAGGUGUUUCUCUCACAUCCUUGAAAAUGGGCUUUUGCAUUCUUCUGAAGCUAUAACGUUAUAUCAUAGUGACAAGACAGGUCGUCUUUGGCAUCAGCAACACUCGGAAGCCAGGUCCAAGCGGGAAGAAGCUUGGUCUACGGUUAAGCAAGCCGAAGAGAAAGGAUCCCGUCCAGACGUGGACCACAUGUUGGCAUACCUCGCUACAAAGUUUGUCACCUGCAAACCCAUAAAGCCAGCACAUACCCGACACGGGUGGUACGAUAAAAACGUGCUUGUAGCGAGAAUGCCAGCUUAUGCUUUAGAUGCCACCAGGCCUCAGAAUGUGAAGACGUCCACAGAAAUCUACAGCGCCGAUGGUUCUGUCAACUCCCGUAACAAUUCGUUGAAUAACGCAAAUGUCGAAUUCGAGCCAUUGACGAAUGAUGAUCACAUGCACGUGCUUUCCCCGGUCGCUGUCGCUGUCGAUCCUUCGUCUACAAGACCGUAUGUUAGGGCUUCCACCCCAGUGACUAUCUCCUCGUCUAGUUCCAAGAAGCGUACUCGAGCGGUAUUGGAUUGUGUGUAUAUUUCGGCGGACCGGGCUGCUGUUGGCAAACGUAGUUCGAUUGAUCCACCAAGAUGUAUCACGUCUUCAAGUAUACCUGCGGCACUCGCUCGGGUAGAGGACGAAGAGAUGGUUUGUGACUAGUAGUAACUUUGAUUUUGUACAAUGAAUGAAUUUUUUCUCU